AGCGCUGUUGACCAACCCAGCAACAGCAAUACAGUAUCUCAAAAAUUUGAAACAUGAUGGAAUCCUGUGAACCUGACCGAAAAUGUUUUCCAUCCAACAAAUCUUUCUGGUGCCCAUGCUCCCUUCGUUGAGCGACUUGACCUGGUGCCCUAGUACGAAGACGGACAAGCUUUGAACGUGGAUCCUGCGGAUAAUUAUGCAAGUCUGUUUCUAAGCCAUGUGGAAGUCUAUUGCUUCGGUUAUAUAAUGAACUGGGGUCCGCUAUGUGAUCAGUCGCUCUAUUGGCUUAUACGUUCUCUCGCCCGCUUCAAGCUUUUUAAAGAACGGACUGGGGAUAUUGUGAAAUUGCUGAAGUUUGUAUUUGAGGAAAGCGAAUACAUGGGGAACCUACCUGCAAGUGAUUUUGCGAGAUUAUGUAGCGUGGAAUGUGGAAAUCCUUAUGCAGGCCGAACGCGCUUUUAUUUCGCAUUGGCAUGAUCAGGUGUCGUUUUAGCAGCUAGUGAUUGUUUCUUAGGUCUCUGUAAGGGAGCUAGAAAUACUCCAUAACACGAUUGGCUCCUGUAAGACAAAUGCUGAUAAUAUGCCUAUCUACUAUCUCGGGAUCUGUCUCGGGGACCUCGUCUUGAGGAUAUAGCCUACAAUUCCCUAGUAUCUCGGGGUUGUCUUAUCGACACUCUUUAUACCCU